AUGAAUUCUAAUCAUGAAAACCAGAAAUCACUUAAACAUCCUAGAUUCAAUAUACAAAUAAUGCAAGUACAAAAUUACAUUAUUGAUUAUGACACCGGAGGAUUUUUGAAGUAUAAACUUUAUGAAAAUUCAAAAUCACGACCGCUACCAGAACAGAAACUACGCAGCAGUUUUGACGGCUAUAUGGACUAUUUACUUUACUGCUUCAGUUUAACUGGAAGUCUCGCCAACUUAACAAGAUUCCCGUACUUAGCAUACUCAUACAAUGGAUGCUCGUUUUUGAUCAAAUUCUUGAUACUGGUCGUGCUGAUCGGCAUUCCUUGGUGUUUCAUGGAAAUCGCCGUUGGACAGUAUUCGGGCAGAGGUCCGACGGCGAUUGGCGACAUGGUACCCAUCGGCAAAGGCGUAGCGGUGGCCAUGGGUUACAUCUGUAUUUUAAACAUUAUCUGUUAUAGCCCCAUACAGUCUAGAUGUCUCUUUUACAUGUAUUGGUCGUUACCGAAAUCCAAUCAGCUGCCGUGGAAGCAAUGCUCGUCCGUGAAUAGUUCAUUCUGCAUAAACAAUGACAGGCAUCUGGAAAGUUACGGGUGCAAGUCGGUCGGCCUCGAUUUACAAGUGCCCGCCGAGAAUUUCUAUCAGAAUAAAAUUGUAGAAAUGGACGCAGGCUUUCUUUACGACGGAGUCGGUAAAUUCAACUCGCCAUUAUUAGCUUGUCUUAUAAUUUCGUGGAUGAUCAACUACCUAUUACUCACUGCAUCCAACGAUUUGAUGAAAUACGUGAAGAUAUUCGGCUCGAUUGCGCCGUUUACCUUGCUAGCGUUCGUGUCGUUCGCCAUAAUGGCCAACAACGAUGCAUGGGGCGGUUUUAAUCUACUUUUUGACACGAGUACGAUCGACUUUCUAGAUCUUCAGUCGUGGCGGAGGGCCGCGGAACAAGUGCUGUACUCGUUGGAUGUCGGCACAGGGCACUUGAUCAUUUACGGAGCAAACCGCAGUUUUCACAACAACAUAUUAGGCGGAGUGCUGCUGGUAACUUUGCUGGACACUAUUUGCGCCGUGACCGCCACUAUAGUCGUAUUCGGUACGGCCAAUAUCGUAGCUUGUAAAUAUCACAUUCAGUUCAACAUGGUGUUUAAAUCCGGUGAGCCCAAUCGAUAG